AUGCGCCGGGGGCAGGGGCAGCUGUUGCUCCUGCCGCUGCUGGCUCUCUGCCUCGGAGCCCAGGGCCGGAGCCAGGAGGAGCGUCUGCUCGCAGACUUGAUGCGCAGCUACGACCCCCACCUGCGGCCUGCUGAGCGCGACACCGACGUGGUCAACGUCAGCCUGAAGCUCACCCUCACCAACCUCAUCUCCCUGAACGAGCGAGAGGAGGCCCUCACUACCAACGUCUGGAUAGAGAUGCAGUGGUGUGACUACCGCCUUCGCUGGGACCCUCAAGACUACGAAGGCCUGUGGGUGCUGAGGGUGCCGUCCACCAUGGUGUGGCGGCCAGACGUCGUGCUGGAGAACAACGUGGACGGCGUGUUCGAGGUGGCCCUCUACUGCAACGUGCUCGUGUCUCCUGACGGCUGUGUCUACUGGCUGCCGCCCGCCAUCUUCCGCUCCUCCUGUCCCGUCUCCGUCACCUACUUCCCCUUCGACUGGCAGAACUGCUCCCUCAUCUUCCAGUCCCAGACCUACAGCACCAGCGAGAUCGACCUGCAGCUGAGCCAGGAGGACGGCCGGCCCAUCGAGUGGAUUUUCAUCGACCCCGAGGCCUUCACAGAGAACGGGGAGUGGGCCAUCCGGCACCGGCCGGCCAAGAUGCUGCUGGACGCGGCGGCCCCGGCAGAGGAGGCGGGCCACCAGAAGGUGGUCUUCUACCUGCUCAUCCAGCGCAAGCCCCUCUUCUACGUCAUCAACAUCAUCGCGCCCUGUGUGCUCAUCUCGUCCGUCGCCAUCCUCAUCUACUUCCUCCCCGCCAAGGCGGGCGGCCAGAAGUGUACUGUCGCCAUCAACGUGCUCCUGGCCCAGACGGUCUUCCUCUUCCUUGUGGCUAAGAAGGUGCCCGAGACCUCCCAGGCAGUGCCCCUCAUCAGCAAGUACCUGACCUUCCUCCUGGCAGUGACGGUCCUCAUUGUCGUGAAUGCUGUGGUCGUGCUCAACGUGUCCUUGCGGUCCCCACACACACACUCCAUGGCCCGCGGGGUCCGCAAGGUGUUCCUGUGGCUCCUGCCCCCGCUGCUGCGGAUGCACGUGCGCCCGCUGGUGCCGGCAGCUCCACUGGAUGCCCGGCCCCGGCUGCAGAACGGCUCCUCCUCGGGGUGGUCAGCGUCAGGCGCGGAAGAGGCGGCCCUCUGCCUGCCUCGCAGUGAACUCCUCUUCCGGCAACGGCAGCGCAAUGGGCUAGUGCGGGCAGCGCUGGAGAAGCUAGAGAAGGGCCCGGGGCCAGGGCAGAGCCAGGACCUGUGUGGCAGCCUGAAGCAGGCCGCCCCGGCUAUCCAGGCCUGCGUGGACGCCUGCACCUUCAUUGCACGCGCCCGACGCCAGCAGAGUCACUUCGACAGUGAGAACGAGGAGUGGUUCCUGGUGGGCCGCGUGCUGGACCGCGUCUGCUUCCUGGCCAUGCUCUCGCUCUUCAUCUGCGGCACUGCUGGCAUCUUCCUCAUGGCACACUACAACCGGGUGCCCGCCCUGCCGUUCCCUGGGGACCCGCGCCCCUAUCUGCCCUCGCCGGCCUGA